UGCCAAUUCAUCUUCUCCUUGUUGAGCAUCGUUUCCCUUAUUGCAGCAUGGGGUCUUCUCCUUCGCAGUCCACCACGGUGCCCGUGCUUCUUCUGCAGCACAUGGGAUCUCGGGUUUGGAGUGAGAUGCAGUUUGUCGUGGUCUGUUUCAUAACAUUUAGAUUCGGCAUCAAUAACAAUAAUCAUCAUGCUUAAAUCUCGUAUGUUUGCAGUGGCUCAUAAAAAAAUUGAGGUGAACUCGAAAGGGAGACAUGUGUCGAUCGACAGCGGAGGACUUUGUAGUUUGUGUAGACUUUCGUUUUCAUGGGAAACUGCCUUAGGCAUCGGCAGCAUGCAAAGUUGGAGUUUUCCUCGUAAAGUAAAUGGCAGUAGAAGGCGAGUAGUUCAAUCUUCGGCAAAUGAGGAUGAAGGCGACAUGUGUGCAGUUGAAAAUUCUUGUAUAGAGCCUGGAGAAAUAUCCAAGUCUUCUCAAGUCGCAUCUAGGAUGGACAAUUUUGGUGGAAAACGCAACGUAGCAAUUAUGGAAACAGAUCAGUUGUUAGAUGCACAGGUUCAGGGCUGGCAUGAGGAAAUUUCUUACAAGGAGCUGAUGGAGCGGUGGGAAUUUUUAAAACGUCUACCUCACAAGCUUUUACGAGAUAUCGGAUAUAUCAUUGUGGGUCCGUCCCUCUUGUCGACUUCCAAAGAGCUGCCAACUGUAAGCACGUCAAUGUUAGGAGGGAGUAAUAAACAGUGGCCCUGUACAAAAGUUUGGCUACAGCAACUACCAAUUCCUGCUCUCGAGGCAUGGUUUACAUCCCACAGGUCGAGCCAAAGGCUUGGAGAUCAUUUUGCACUCUGCAUCGAGUAUGUACUUCGACAUUCCCCACAUGUGGAGGUGCAGCAGUUGCACACAUCGCAGCAAGUACUUCAAAUGGUUACAGAGCCCAUUCGAAGUAGCAAAACCCUGAAAGCGUUGGAAUCAAAAUUGAAUCUAAGUAGCAGCAGCUUGAGUGUGGCUUCCAUGCUAGUGGGGCCUGUCUCAGAUGAUCUGCAAUCAUCUAUUAGUCCUUGCGUGGUACCGUUACAGGAUAAGCAGCAGCAGGUGUCAGCUAAAAGUGCGCCUACCUCACUUGAUGAAUCUAUUGAACUUUUGGAAUCUAUGGAACUUACUAAUAAGAACUCGAGGAUGGUGGGGAAUACCAUUCAAGAAAAAGUGGGUAAGCGGAGACGUAAAUUGCUGAAAAAAUUAGAACGGAUACGGCUGCGCAAGGGGAAGACUACCACCAUUGGAGAGUUUGAUUUCUUAUUUGAACUUCCUUCUGUACAUAGUCAAUUGGAACCUACUGGUGAUGCUUCAAAAGGAAAGGAGUUUCAUCAUUGGGAGGUCUCUGUGAAGUAUUUAUUGUAUGCGGGUCCCUGGGAAGUAUUUGGAGUUCAGACUCCAAUUUAUGCUGCUUGGAGGAACUCUGACACAGAGGAUACUAAUCCAAAGCUUGAUUCAUCUAGUCGACGCAACUUAGACAUGGGAUUUAGCGAAGGAACUCUCAGCAGAUCUGAAGAAGACCGGUGCCAGGACAAUGCCUCUGAGGAUAACAAACAAUUAUUUGUGGAAGAUUUGGAUGAGGCCAGAUGGACUGUUCAAGACAGUCCAAGAGAGGUAGACAAUUUUCUUGGGUCUUUUCUAGGACCUCAUGUUGGGGAAACUUUACUUGAUCGCAAAGCCCGACUAGUUAACCAGUUGGCACUCUCGGCUAAUCCUUGUGCCGCUUUAAUGCUCCGUGAUCUUUAUAUAGACAAGGGGCCUGAUGAUUCUAGUAACUGUUUGGACGAGCUUCGGGACGAAAGGCUGCAAACUGUUGACAGUGAUAAGAUUUCCAAGGAAAGAAGUAUCGAGGGCCUGACUGGUAUCCCUCCAGUAUCCAUUCAAAUGUUGGACCUAAGCGUGGUGGAAGGCGGGGUAUCAACCGCUGCGGAACGCACUCCACAAAGUGAAACAAUGAAGGAUUCUGAGGCUGAAAAUAGCGAAGGAAUUAAAAACUUGACUAUUGUUCCUAGCGCUUUGUUAAAAGGUUAUCUAUUUUAUGAAUACAAGCUAUGGCGUUACUUAGAAACUCAGGGACUGCGUAAAACGGUUCCUUCUGCACCGCUAAUUAGUGACAUGGAACAAAAUGAGCCCCCUGAAAAAGCCAGCUUGAGCACGAACCAUUGGAUUGGUUGGUGGACGCGUGACAUUAUGGAAUUUGCGGACUUACCACUCCACAAGCACAGCAAAUGGUAUAUAAUCCCAAAGCUGGAGUGGCUUUCGCCAGUCGUCAUCCCUCGGUCAGACGCAGCCCGAUGUGCCCAUGUGCUCUCUUUAUCUGAUUUCGUUACCACUGCUGCUCAAGUUGCUGACGAGGCUGCUAGGUUGCACAUGCCCAGGAAGCGUCGGUUUCUAGUUGCCGAGGUCUGUUGGACUGAUAAUUGGGAUCCUUGCCUCGAGAGUGUAAGCUCACCCGGCCUUGCGAGUGCAUCAGGAGAGGGUGUGCCCCCAAUGGGUGCAUGGUUGGAAGUGAGUCGAGGAUUUGUUGUAGAAGACACUUGGCCAGUGAGCAAACUGUACCGACCACAUGGAUACGUGGUAUCUUGGUCCCCAAGUUUGCAGCGGCAACCGUCGAACGUGAUGGACAUAUGAUACCUCAUUAACUGACGCUGAGUUCACGUUGAGUUCACGUUGUUUUCAUGGUCCUCCAGGAGUGCACAAGAUUUUGUUUUUUUGGCUAUGGAUUGUAGCACGUACUUCAUAUUCCCCAUGAAGAUAGAUUGUUGUUUGUGGGUUAUGAAGAGCACAUGUUGCUGGCAGAAUCAUUUCAGCUCAGUGCACGUCAUUUUCUGCAUUGAAUGACUCGAUUCUGGUUUUUGCCAUAUCUGUGCAUAAUUUUUUGACCAGCUAAAUUCCUAUCUGAGAACUAUUGGUGGCACCUUUACGAUGCACCGACUUGUGUAUAAAAUUAUCGAAGGUGAGGUGAAAGUUAAUGCAGUCCCUGCAGUCGUCCAAUUCUCUCAUCUGCCAAGAAACAGGUAGCACUUCUGAGUAGAGAUGCAGAUUUCAAUAUGCAUGGUUGCAUCAUAUGAUAGAAAUUGUUCAUGAUCAUUGGAAUUGAAAAAAAGUGAGCAUCGAUUUCAAGUGAAAA